AGGAAUCCUUCCGCGCUCAUUUGCAUAGCCCCUGAUGGCGCUAGUAGGGCUUGUUGAUUAGCGGACGACAUCAAACAGCCACAACAAGUGGGAAACUUCGGCAACUUUCGCGAGAGUGGAUAUUACUGUGUUUUGUGUUUCGUGGAAAAAUUGGAUUGAUAUGGAUUUGACGUAAGCACGCAUCUUCUAAUUCUAUCCAAAAUGACAACCAUUGCUGAUGACUUGGAGAGUUAUCUCCCCGCCAACUGCCCGAACCCCUACUAUGACACAUGGGACAGACACAACAGCAUUGCAUUCUCCAAGACCAAGGGUUUGCGCAAUGCACCUGGAGAAAACAACUGCUUUCUCAACAGUGCUGUGCAGGUGUUCUGGCACUUGGAUGUGUUUCGCCGUAGCUACCGAUGCCUCACAGGCCACGUCUGCAUGGGCAACUCCUGUAUAUUCUGUGCACUGAAGGUAAUAUUCACACAGCUACAGUACAGUGAUCAGACAUCCCUCCACCCAGAUGCGCUCCGCAAGGCGUUGGCGGAAACAUUCGCCAACCAGCAGCGCUUUCAGCUGGGUCACAUGGACGAUGCUGCAGAGUGCUUCGAGAACAUCCUCCGCCGCAUCCACCUCCACAUUGCCAACGACCACAGCGAGGAUGACUGCACAGCCCCCCACUGUCUACCACACCAGAAGUUUUCCAUGUCGGUCUGCGACCAGAUUGUGUGCCCAUGUGGAGCCAGUUCCAAGCCACACAACUUCCAGGAGAUGGUGCAUUAUGUGACUGCAAAUAAUCUUGUGUCCCAGGCUCGCCUGAUGCAGAAGAGCGGUGAUGUACUCCACCCAGACAGGUUCGGUCUUCUACUGCGAAGCGCUGUUGCCAUGGGCGAUAUUCGUGCAUGCCCUGGUAACUGUGGGAAAAGUGUCCAGAUUCGAAGAACGUUAAGGAGCUGCCCUGAUGUUGUGAGUGUUGGACUAGUUUGGGACUCUGACCAUCCAAGCAUCGAAAUGACAACUGAGGUAGCCAGAAACAUUGGAACAACGAUCAUGUUGCAAGAUGUGUUCCAUUCUGUGCUGUUGGACAUGAAGUCCCUUCCCAAGCUGCAUCUGGUCGGUGUAGUGUGUUACUACGGCAAGCAUUAUUCCACCUUCGUGUUCCACAGCAAGCUCAAAGUGUGGAUCUACUUUGACGACGCAACAGUCAAGGAGAUUGGUCCCAACUGGAGCCAUGUUGUGGACAAGUGCAUGCGAGGGCGCUACCAGCCCUUGUUGCUGCUGUAUGCCAACCCUGCUGCCACUCCUGUACCCGUGGAGACGGCAAUGAAGAAAAGGACCAUGGCCGAGGGAUACUCCUGUCCUGCAUCCUCAUACGAGGAUAGUGACAGCGGUUUGGACAGGACACAUGAAAGCAUUAAGAGCAUGCCUACUAGAAGGUCAAGGACACCCAAUCCUGACCAACAUGCGAACACUGAUACAGGCAGAAGGGCUGUGACUCCCGGACCAGAGAACUGGCAAAAUGAUGCACCUCGACCAUCUGCCAAGCAGAUUCAAGCUGAACAUAAACGCCAGCCAAGUUUCUUGUAUGCCAUGUCAGGAAAGCCUAUAACCAACAAUGCUCAGCCGAUGGUGAAUGGCAGCUACCAUCCAGAGAGGGAUAUUCUGUAUGGCGGGCAGUCGUCGGGAGACCUCCACACUCUUCAGGAGGAUGGUAAUGAUAACUACACUCUGUCAACAAAGGACCCAUACAGACGACCAUCUCUCAACUUCGAUCCAACCAACUUGCCUGUCACACAGGCCAUGGUAAGAGGGAAUGAAGCCCAUAGGAAGGAGAGUUUCAAGAAGGGAAAGGAGAGAGUCCGCAGUGAUGUCGUCAGGUAUCAAGUCUCCCCAACAAGUCAGCCAAAUUCUGUGGAAUAUCCCAUGGCUUAUCAAAACACCAUGUCAAAUGGAGAGGACUCCGUCAGCAUUAACUCGGACAUUGUCAGCCCAAACCAGCACCGAGUUGUGCGUCCAAAACCGUCUGCUCAUACCUAUGAGAAUAUUGACAACAUGUCGCACAGCCCAGUCCAGUCUGGUCUUGCAACACUGCCCAGAAAGAAGAAGCUAGUGACGGCAGAACAAUAUCGAUCAGAAUCGGAAAUCAAUGUCCUUAACAGACAGAACUCAAUGGGGAACCUCCACAUCAAAGACCAUGUUAACAAGCCACUGAACAAAAAGGCAGUGCCUAUACCUGUGUCGAUGCCCGUCAUACCUAACAUGGCCAACGUCAGGCAGGAGGGUCAACACGGAGGAGAUUGUGUAGAUGGUGGUCCGGCUAGCCGAAGAGCAGCCCCUCUACCACCAGGGCAACCUCAACGACCAGCUCCUCCAGUGCCCAACCAUGACAAGCAAGGUUCAUCCAGCAAGACACCAGAUGGCAAGAAAACCAAGACCAAGAAGUCUGCCAAAAGUGGCGAAAAGAGAAAGAACAAGAAGAACAAAGAUGGAGAUUUUGUGGACGAUCCAAUCAUGUAUAUUGAGCGGAGUAUGGUUGAGAACAUCCUGAAGCACCAAGGGGUCCAGAGACAGGGGUCUUCUGUCAGUAAUGCAAGUUACACCAGUGGCAGCAGCAUUGAGUCGGACAGUAUGAUGGGUAGACUUCUAGCAAGCCGGAAUGCUGAGGGGAAGAAGGCCUUGAGUGUGGAGAUUCCAUUUGACAAUGUGUCCAUAGGAUCAUACAAAGAUUCUGGGUAUGGCAGCAGUGAUCGGAACAGCUCCAGCUCAACUGGAAGUGAAACUGUUAAUCCUUACUCCGUGUACUUCCUUUCUAGAGGUAUGAUAGUUCCCAAUACCAUCAAUAACCAUCACCCAAUGUACGAUCGCUCUCACAGCUUGAAGUCCAGUUCCAGUCCUGAUAGUCUUCAAGAUAACCAGAUGUCAGAUGUCCACAAGCAGGGUCCUCAACCUGUGAAUGGACACAUCGGACAUGAUCAACAUCAUCAGAAGCAUGAUCAACUGCAUGGCCGGCAGGUUCUGCAUCCCAUCAAGGAGAGGAGUUUUGAGGACACACUCAGGUCAUCACCUGCUCCUUUCCAGGAAGCUCCCAAAACUGUGGUUGAGGUGCGACGUCCUGGACAGCCACAGUCGUCCCCCAGCCCAGCUCCAUCCCCGCCUGAACCAAUAACCGUCACUGUGCAGAGGGAAGCUGCUGCUGGCAAUGAUGGGUUCCUGAUGCUAUGCCGCAAGUCAGAUGAUCUGAUGGACCAGUGCAUUCUGUCUGAGACUGAUGGGAAGCUAGAGGAAGCUCAGCGCUUCUGUGAAGGCGCUACCGGUUGUCUGCGUGAAGCUAUGAAUCAGAAAAAUAUCACCCACCAGUCGCUAGUCUAUGCACAAAGGAAGCAUAACGCAUGCCUCCUGAAGGCAAGAAGUCUCACACUCCGCAUGAACACACGGGCCAUGCAGGACAGGUCCACUGACUCACAAUACAACAGCAGGUUGACUGUGAACAGCAGUGACUCAGACACAUCAAGUCAAGAUGGUGGUUCGGUUAGGAGUAGCAGUUCCAGAGACAGACUUCAGAAGUGUGCUGCAGGCUCUGUGGGCUCUAGUUCCUCAUCUCAGAUUCAGCCUAAUAAGGCUCACUUACGAACUGAUAGUGGGUUGUCGCACCAUGAAAGACAGGGUAGCAGUUCCUCCCAGCAUCAUCGGCAGAGCAGCUCCUCCACGCUUGUGGACAACCUACAGAAGGAGCCCCGGGAGGAUGUGUAUUCUCAUCAUGCAGUGACUCGGUCCAACUCUGAUCAGUUCAACCACAAUCAUACAAUGGUUCAUUCUCACACAGACAGUAAUCUCUCCACAAAGUCAUCUUCCUCUCAUGCUUCAAGUCAAUUUUCUGGAUCUCAAGAAAAUAACAUAGACAUUUAUGCGACCCUUCCCAGGAGGAAGAACAAAAAGCCAGUAGAUCCUAAACCCAAAGACGCAGAUGUGUACCAGUCAUAUCUCAAUAAGCAGAAAUCAUUAAAUUCCAACCUGAAUGUCGACCACAUGCGGACAUCCUCUGGUUCCAGUACACCCAAUUCAAUGGAUGGGCGUGAAUCUGAUUCCGGAAGCUCCACGGGACGAACUAGCAAACUUAGCCAGUCAGAGAUAAGGGAUCUUCUGGAGAGGAAGUACAUGAGAAGACAACAAGAACAGAUCUCCCAGAGGUUUUCUAAUCCUCAGCGAGAUGGAUCGUCUUCACAGACUGUUAAUGGAACACAGAGCUAUCCAUAUCAACAACAGCUACACCAACAGCACCAGCAACAAGCAGCAGCAACGUCUGCAGCUCAUCCCCGUCCUGCCCAGGAAGUGAGGAACAAGCCAGUGACAAGCCAGUCAUCAGAGGUUGGUAGAAGCCAGAGACCUAUGUGUCCUGCACACCUGAAGCCGGCUGACAGGUCCGGACAGUACACUGUCUUGAGGCAGUCUGGACCAGGUUUACAGCAAACAACCAACAAACCAAGUGUUCCACAAAAGGGUGUAUCACUGAGUACUUCGAGAGGUCCUCCCAAUGGAUUGCCACCGAAACCUACGUCGUCGUACGGCAGCCAAUACCUGAAUGUGCCGCAGCAUCAGGGACGGCCGCUGGAACGAAGCGCCUCACAGCCUGACUGUCAGAAACUUGUAGAUUCCUCGCUCGCUAGUAACCCAGGUGGGCGUGGUCCCAGUAAUUCCCGGGGGCGGGGGGAUGUCCAUCCUCCCUCCUCAUGGUCGGGACAACUGUCUACUAUGCGCCAAAAUUCGGCUAGCCAGCCCGACUUGCGAAGUAACCAGCUGUUGAUUAAUGAUGCUUCUUAUUGUGGUAGUGAUAACUCAAGCGAGUUAGACGACGUAAAACCCAACGUUAGUGUCCGCGCUUUAGCAUCCCGCUUCGAGACUGUGAAUGUUGAACCCCAGACCCGCAGACACCCUGUCCGAAAACAGAACUCUGAUGUAGGGUACAUUGGCCAGCGACAGAGAAGCAAGUCAGAGUCAAACUCCUCUGUCAAAAAACCCAAGUCUGUGUUGAAGAACAAGAAAGCAAAGAACAACUGGCCAAGAAAAUCUGUGACAUUUUGUGAAGACAUUGCACGUGUGGCAAAUAUUGAAAACUCACACCUUGGUUAUGAGUCUGCUACUGAGAUGUCAACGCCAAGGUUACGUGUUGAUGAUAGGGCAUAUUACAGUGACGACGAAGAUAGAUAUAGCCACAAACCAGGGUACUCCGACUCGGAGGUAGAAGACAUGGACAGUUCUAACAGUGAUGAGAGUCCCCCGGUUGGGGUGCCUGGAGACCAGUUGUGUCAUUUGUGCAGCAAGAGAUGUGUUGUAGUCGGCAGCCAGUUCUGUGUUAACUGCCAGUUCUACAUGAGUCGUAUGAUGCCCAACAGUCAAUAAUCUGUCCAUUGUAUAUCAGUCGUAUCCCUCAGGCAGAGCAUUUCUUUAACCCUUUCUUCCGUUUAUUAGUAGAAUAAGAACAUUGAGACAUACAUUUUAUACAUUUUUUAUCAAUGCUAGUUUCUUGGCAUUGUAGGGCAUGGUAAACAGCAUUUUCAAAACUUUAUAUUAUCAAAAUUUUAUUUCUCAGGAAUUAAAAGCAUUAUGUCAUCAUUCAUCAUUGAAUACUUUUGCCAUUUUUUUUACAGUACAGAGAAAGGGUUAAUGAAUCUGAAUCUAUUUCGUCCAGUGGCAUUGAUGCCAAGUGAUGCCUUGUCCAAUCUGUCCAUUGAUACUAUGCACUACUACGCUGUUAUUGAUGCUGUGCUAUGCACUCCUUGUUGCAGGGGAUGUACCGGAGCUGCCUUUUGUAAUUCCCUAUAUAUUUGUAAAAAUGGUCUUUGGGAUAUUCUUUUUGGAUUUUGGGAGUUUGAUGUCAGCUUUUUCUGUUGCUGAUAUGUAAAUGUAUAUGUUGCAUAUUUUCACUCAUGUGAUGGGGUUUGGACUCGAUAUGAAGAGAACAAAUGAUAUUAUUAUUAAGUGUUGUCUAAAUUCUUUGUUUGGUUUAACCAAAGAUAUGAACAGUAUGCAUGUAAAUUGUAUAGAUUGCUGGCACAGUUUUAUGCCAAGCUUAAGUAAAUUGUAAAGAUGUUUGUGGAAUUGUUUAGUGUGUGUAAAACACAAUGAUGUAAAUACAUGACUGUUGUGAAUAUAUGAUGCCUUGACAUGAUCAGUGAGGUACGGAGCAGGGUUAUAUGUGUAUGGGGCGAUAACACACGUAUUACGCUUCAUUUGACUGCAUACUUUCAAAUAUCUUCCAACAUAUCAUCAGCAUCAGACAACUGCCAUUUCUCCUCAUUUUGCUGAAUGUGGUAUUGAGUAUUAUAUCUGAUACAUGCGUGAUACGGUGAUGUCGCCCCACACAGCAAGAUGUUAAUGUACAGACCGAGAUGUACUUAAACAUCUAGUCAGCACCUCGUGUACAGCACUGUCUCAUUAUCACUUUUUAUAUUUUUAUGAAAAAUAUACAACAGUGCUGGUAACAUUGUUGAAGAUUUUUGUAAUAUCUCAUAUCAUAUUUUCCUUAUGCUUUUUUCAGCCUGUUAAGACGACACUCAACACAUUGGAUCAUUGUUCCCUAAGGCAGCAUUCUUUUGGGGCUAAUGCAUGACCUGUUUAUUUAUUGUCAGAAAUAUGUAUACCAAAUUUCAUAUCAGUCAGUUUUACCCUUCCAUACCAUGUUAUAUAUUUAUCCUAUAAAUAAUCAUAGGAUUUAUAUCUUUGGCACAUAAAUUUAUGAUUUUUAAGAAAGUGUGUUAAGAAUAUUGAUUAUAAUUGAAUUAUUUUUUUUAAUGAAAUAUUGAAUAACCUCAUAAAAGAUAUUUUUUGUUUCAUCUUUCUUCCUAUUUAUGUCUGUGUUAGUAAUAUAUAAUUGUCAUUUAUUAACCCUUCCAUUAGCUAAUUCUCAUGUUUAUGCAGUAUCUAAAGUAGAUGUGAGCAUUGGUCAGUGUAAGAGUUAAUUGAAGAUGACAUUUGAUUUUUAGGAGUGAAAGGUUUAUUGUUUAACCACCUACGUAUCCUUUUCUGAUUUUCGCUUUCGAGACUUGAUGAAAAGGAGCACACAAUAUGCUAUGCCCAGACACUGGUCAUAAAUAGUGAUGGUUAAAGAAUUAAUCUUUUCUACCAACAAAAAGAUUUGAUUUUUUGUGUAAGACAAAUAAGUUUUCUGGGAUUAUAAUAAGUUAUGUUUAUCAUAUCAGCAAGUUGUUUGUUGAAUUAGAAUGUUUAUUUUUGUAACAAAGUUUGUUGCCAGGAAUGUGUGUAAUUCUGCACAAAAAAGUAUCACAUCCAGCUUGCUUGUCCUCAGAGAGCUUUACUUAGAUAUUGCUUUAAGUGUAAAAUGAAACAAAAUGCUGUAUUCUUUGGAAAAUAGAUUUCUAACCUGGAAACCUAGCACAGUGUUUAGAUGCUGUUUCUUUGGUAUUUACUGCCAUAGUAUGUGGUUAGAGUAAUGAAUAAACACUUUGUUGGGGAUGGUGAUAUAAAACAUGGAAUUGGUGAUUUCUCUGAUGGAAAUGCACACAGUAACAUAUCAAAAUACUUUUUAUUCCAUGGCCAUUGUGUUCGUGGGUGACAUUCCAGAAACAUCAGAUAACAUGUACAUGACCAUUGAUGACAUCAACCACAGGCUUAUAUCAUGAAACAAUAUGAAUAAAAUAGUUUACAGAAAUAUAA